AUGGAUGGUUUCGGCUAUCCAAUAGCUCUAACAUACAAAAACUCUCCAACCUACAAAUCUUUCCUUGGGGGUUUCGCUACUCUUGUCACUAGAGUUCUAAUAGGUACAUACUUAUUAUUAUUUAACUCUUAAAAAGAUGCUUUAGAACGAAUGAAAAUAGCUGGCAAUCACCUCUGUCUCCAUUAAGAUUUUAAUGCUACAUUAAAGGCAACUAGAUUUUCAGAGUAAAAUAAAUAUUUAGCAGUAAAGAUUGCAAAGUGCAACUAGGAGUUUUUAGAAGAUUAGUAUCCUGGUUAGAAUCUCACAUGCAAGUCAGAUGAAGAAAUAACUCAUUUAGCUGAUGAGGUCCUCGUAUAGAUAGUUUACAUGUAUGAGCACUUUGAUGAAAAUGACUAUAAUGACUCUGUAAAGCCUUAAAUGAACUCAUUAUAUUUUGGACUAUCUGUAGAAAAAAGAUUAGUAAUGAUCAAGAGAGUAUAGAAAAAUUUAGCUUAGAUGAAGGAUUCUUAUUUUGCAAGUUCAUUGCAUUUUUUCCAAAGGGAGUAUUACGAUAUUAUCAGUGACUACGAAUAUAGGACGCCUAUGUUGAAUGAUGGUAUUUUCGCUUCAAUCUAAUAUUAUUAAUCCUUCCAAUAAGAAACUGUCUAGAGAUCCGCAUAUACAAUUUUAGAUGACAUUACAAAUACGGGGGGAUUCAUGAGUAUCAUUUUUGCUUUUGUAAAUUUACUAAUCAACAGAAUACAAAGAAACUUAUUUUUUCAAAGUUUAAUAAAAAGGAACUACUUAGUCUAUGAAAAUCCUACUUUAAGUUAAGGAUCUUUAAGUAAAAAAGCAAAAAUUGAUUAGAAUUAGGAUAAUAGUAAUAACUCUAUUUAAGACUUCUCAACAAUAUCACACGAUAAAGCAAACGACUAAUUUGAAAAUGACUUUGAGUGGUAGUUUGAUAAGAAUAAAGAUUAGCGAGAAGGUACUGCUUUUGUAGAUAUAUUCAAAUACAUGAAGAAUUUAUAGCCAUUUAAGUUUAGCUAUUAUAGAUAUAGGCUUUUGAACAUGCUUAAGAUUUGUAAAAUGCCAAACAAUUACAAAACCAAUUAUUAUAAUGAGAAAAAAACACAGUAUUAAAGAGGACAAAGAAGAUUAGAAAUAUAAUUUGAUAUUGACAGUAUUUUGAAGAAAUUAAAAACUCUUGAUUUGCUUUAGGAUAUUAUGAUCUCUAAAUAUCAGAGAAAGCUUUUCCCUUUUUUAUCAUCAAAUGUGAUAAGCAUAGACAGUAAGGAUCUUUAAUCUAGAUCCAGUUUUAAAUAAUUGGUUGUUGAUGAAGACAUUUAAAAUUAUCUUAGACAAGUGGAGAUAUAAAAGGAGUCAAAUAAAAUAGACUCCAGACUUUUCAAAAAUCUUUUUAAAUCUUAAUAAUUAUCUCAUAAGACAGAAGAUCACCCGUAGCUUCUUAUUAGUUAGAUUAAAAGUGAUUUAGCCUUAGAUAAUUCAACAAAAUCAGACCUAGGCUAAAAUAUCAUUUAAAGAGCUGUUAAGAAAGCUUAUACUGAUCACCUUUAUUAUGAGGAAAACAUUUUAAAGUAACUUUAACUCAACAAAUGA